AUGAAACAAAUGAAAUUUGUCAUUGCAUUUUUACUCAUAUUUUUAUCGUUCAGUGAUGGAAAAGUAAUUCCAUUAGAUGCUGCGAUAGUUUCCACAAACCUAGUGCUAGAUCCUCCACCUGCUAAGAAUGUAAUUGUUAAUGUAACAUGGACAUUCAUUAGUAGAAUCAAUAUCACAUAUGUUAAUAUGACUAUUAACAAUUUGAAAUCAUCACAAUAUGCUGCUAUGGGUCUCGGACAAAAUCAAUCUAUGGGUGAAGCUCAUGUGUUUAUGUGUAAACGAUUUGCUAAUGAUACAAUUGUUAUACAGCGAUUUAUAAAUCCUAGGAAACAUACACCUCCUGUACCUGCUGGAUCAGAACAAGGUGGUAUAUUUAUACCUUUACCUGGAAAAUUUAUAGAUGGUGUUGUUACUUGUCAGUUCACUUUGUCCAAUUUUACUUCUCAAAGAGUGAAACAACUUAACACAUUAAAACCACUUUCACAAUCAGGAAAAUAUUAUCCUCUAUUUGCCGUUGGAUUGCUGAACUCUACGGGUGAUGCAAAACAUCAUAAUGGACGUGAACAUCAACCUGGUCUUGUUCAAUUAGAUCAAAAUCAAAAUUUAACAUAUCAUCAACACAGCUCCAAGCUAUUCAAUGAAAUAUAUUCAAGUUCAUAG